AUGGCUUCAUGGCACGAUGGGAGCGUACGCUCUCGCCUCGACCUGUUCGAUUCGGAAGGAUUAGCGACUUGCCUUAGUUGUGGCUCGUACCGAGACCAGCCGUACGUAUAUGAGCCCAUCAAGCAGAGGUCAGAGAUGCGACUGUUGAAGAUUCAACCCGGCGAAGCGGAUGAUCCCAUUCGGGGUGAGCUCGUCAUUGUUAGCACCAACAGCCAGGAGAACUACGACGCCGUCUCCUAUACAUGGGCCGACCAAACUGGCGACGCAACUAGGUGCUUUCGAGCCUUCAUCGGAAUUGGCUAUGUUUCAAUCACGCGCAGCUGUCAGGAAGUCCUGCAACGAAUUCGGAGGCGUCUCUGUACAAAAUAUGUCUGGAUAGAUUCUCUGUGCGUCGACCAGGAUAACUUGCAAGAGAGAGGCCACCAAGUCCAGUUGAUGCCGCGCAUUGACACGCGAGCAAAGAAGACAUACGUAUACUUUGGGCCGACAACGUCCAAGGACGAAAGUAUCCUGGAAGCCCUUGCAACAGGCACGGUGGAGCAUGGUUGGGACGCUGACGAAGCACCGUUCUGGGUCGCACUCAACAAAUUCUUGCGCCGCCCAUACUUCUUCAGAGUCUGGAUAAUUCAAGAGAUUGCUCUGUCACCGAAUCCUGUCAUUCUCUGCGGCGAGAAGGUAUUUCCGUGGUCAGUGCUCCACAACGACACUGCACUGCAGUCCCUGCCUGACGCCCUUUACAUCGGGUUGGGAAAACGCGUUGUCUCUCCCCUUCUCUCGUUGGGCAAACGCCGUCUACGAAACUCUGCAGAAUUGCUUGAUCUACUGCGGUUGGGCCGUCAUUGUCAGUCUACUGACCCCAGGGAUCGAGUUUUCGCAUUGCUGGGGCUGGUAGUUGAUGCUGCGGCCGAAGGCCUAGUUGCCGACUACAGGCGGAGCACCCCCGAAAUAUUUACUUGGAUCGCGAGGUACUUGGCCAAUAAGGGAAUAGCUGCCGAUGUUUUGGGCAAUGUAAAUAUGUGCCGGGAUUCAGCAGGGUCUGAACUUCUUCUGGGGUUUCGAAGUCAGCUACAGCUACCGUCUUGGGUUCCGGACUGGACGAAUGCUGGGACAACUUGUCUAGAUCUGUUCCCAGACGCCGGGACUUACUUGAAGAACUUGCCUUUUCAGCUUGACGAGCUCGAUAUGGGGACACUGAUCCUGAGGGGCUUGUUUAUUAGAUAUGGGUAUAAGUACCAGAUCCUGGAUUGA